UCGUCUCCUGUUCAGUUGCGGUGUGUGUGUGGAGCAGAGAGUGAGGCAGUGUGUGUGAGUGUGUGUGUGUGUGCAGCUCCGGACAACCACAGAUUCUCAGAGAGGAUUCUUUUCACACACACACACACCAACCCCCCUGCAGCACACCCCUCCUCUCCGGGCCGCCCCCCUUUCGUCGGACCCCUCAGCGGGUUUGUUUUGUUCUCCAGGGCUGGCAAACUUUUUUUUCUUCUCCUUCUCCUUCUUCUUCACACUGCGAGUGUGUGUAUGUGUGUGUGUGUUUUGACUCCAUCUCUCUCUCUCUCUCGCUCUCUCUCUCUCGCUCUCUCCCUCCCUCUCCCCCCGUCGGGCUCCUCGUCUAGCCGAAGGAUCUCUGGAUCUCAGCAUCUCCUCCUCCGAGCAGCAGCAGCAGCGCUGGUGUUCCUUCCUGAGAGAGAGAAAGCAUGUGAAAGAGAGAGGGAGAACGAGAGAGAGAGAAAGAAAAGAAAGAAAGAGGGAAUACAAGUGCGAAGAAAGAAAGGAUGGCUGUGCCGCUGUGAGCUGCCUGCGGUGCGUGGAGCUACCCGUGUGAAUUAGGAGCGUAAUUCUACACACUCGCACACACUCACACCCUGUCUCACACACUCGCACGUUCGCUCUCGGAAAGUUCACCGUGAGGAGAACGCCGCUCUCGCGCUCUUUGUGUCCGGAGGGCUUCGUCCAGCAGGGUCUGAGCCAUGCCCGCCGAAGUCAAGCAGGAGCAGAGUCCCAGCAACCAGACGUCUCUGGCCAUGAUGCAGGAGCCACAGGAGGUGGUGGAGGAGACGGUCACCAUAGAGGAGGACCCCGGCACGCCCACGUCCCACGUCUCAGUGGUGACGUCCGAUGACGGAACCACUCGCCGCACAGAGACCAAGGACAAUUCAACUAACUUGAAGGUUACCAAGAUGGUAAAGACGGUGACCACCCGCACAGUCCGGCAGCUUCCGCUGGGUCCAGAUGGCCUUCCUCUGCCCGAGGGUUCCUCUCCACUGGGGAGCUACACGGACUCCAUCGACCGACGCUUCAUGAAGAACGGAGAUCGCUUCGUCACCCCGCAGGCCACCUCCACCCUCACACGCUCCUACAACAACUACAACGACUCGUAUGGCGAGACACCGGACAGCCAGUACCGCCACUUCGCCCUGCACGAUGCCUACGGAGACGUAGCCGACAACUACGGCAGCCUGUCUCGUGGCAUCAACUACCGGCCCUACCGGCCCUACAUGCCUACUGGAGGAUACCGGAUGGAGAACAGCUACACCACCCUCCCCAUCCGCAAGGAAGACUAUGGGCACAUGGCUCAGCCGCAGGUACCCAUGGUUAGCAGCACUGUGGACCUGAACCGCUCACAGCCAGAACGCUUCCAGCCCGAGCCAUAUGGAUUAGAGGACGACCGCCGCAGCCUCGGGCCAGACGACGAGGAGCCAUACGACCUGGAACCUGAUUACUCCACCGCUAACCGCCGCACACUGCCCGGCGCCGUACGCACCAUCAGAGAACCACUGCGCGACGGACCUCGAGUCAGAGGCUAUGAUGAUCCCAUUGAGGCGGAGCUGAUUGAUGAAAGGCACCCUUACAUCCCCGGCAUGUACUCGGCACCCCUGGCUCAGCCGGAGAGAGGAAGCAUGGCCAGUCUGGACCGCAUGGGUGGUCGACGCUCCCCCUCCAUCGACAGCAUCCGCAAGGACCCGCGGUGGCGCGACCCAGACCUGCCCGAGGUCAUCGCCAUGCUGGGUCACCCCAUCGACCCGGUCAAGUCCAACGCCGCCGCCUACCUGCAGCACCUGUGCUAUGAGAACGACAAGAUCAAGAAGGACGUGCGGCAGCUGAAGGGCAUCCCUGUGCUGGUGGGUCUGCUGGACCACCCUAAAGCCGAGGUCCACCGAAAGGCCUGUGGAGCGCUGCGCAAUAUCUCCUACGGCAAGGACAACGACAACAAGGUGGCCAUCAAGAACUGCGAUGGAAUCCCUGCCCUCAUCCGCCUGCUGAGGAAGACCAACGACAUGGAGGUCCGGGAACUGGUUACAGGCACACUGUGGAAUCUGUCCUCCUACGAGCCUCUGAAGAUGGUCAUCAUCAACCACGGCCUGCAGACCAUGACCAACGAGGUCAUCAUCCCACACUCCGGCUGGGAGCCCGAACCCAACGAGGACUCCAAGCCUCGGGACGCUGAGUGGACCACUGUCUUCAAGAACACGUCAGGAUGCUUACGGAAUGUGAGCUCGGAUGGUGCAGAGGCCCGCAGGAGGCUGAGAGAGUGUGAUGGGCUGGUGGACGCUCUGCUCCAUGCUCUACAGUCCGCUGUAGGGAAGAAGGACAUGGACAACAAGUCUGUGGAGAACUGUGUGUGUAUCAUGAGGAACCUCUCGUACCACGUCCACAAAGAGGUCCCGGGGGCCGAUAAGUUUCAGGACCCGUCAGGACUGCAGGCUCCGGGCUCCGCAGGGCCUCAGCGGAAGAAGAAGGACGACGCCGGCUGCUUCGGCGGGAAGAAGGCCAAAGAGGAAUGGUUUAAUCAAGGGCGGCGAAAUGGAGAGAACGAUAAAAACUAUGACACGCUGGACCUCCCAAAGCGCACAGAGCCCACUAAAGGGUAUGAGUUGCUGUACCAGCCGGAGGUGGUGCGUCUCUAUCUGUCCCUGCUGACGGAAAGUCAGAAUUACAACACCCUGGAGGCAGCAGCUGGAGCGCUGCAGAAUCUCAGUGCGGGACAGUGGACCUGGUCCAACUACAUCCGUGCCACUGUGAGAAAGGAAAAGGGUCUUCCCAUCCUGGUGGAGUUGCUUCGCUCUGACUCGGACAAGGUGGUGCGAGCUGUGGCCAUCGCCCUGAGGAACCUGUCCAUCGACCGCCGCAACAAAGACCUCAUAGGGAGCUACGCCAUGAGGGACUUGGUCAGUAAUCUGCCGAGUGGGCAGCAGCGUCCUGCCAAGAACCUGGAGGAGGACACGGUGGUGGCCAUCCUCAACACCAUCCACGAGAUCGUGACUGACAGCUCGGAGAACGCCCGCUCACUCAUCUCCGCUCAAGCCAUCGACAAGCUGGUGGCCAUCAACCGGACCAGUCAGUCAGCCAGAGAGACCAAGGCCGCCUCCCACAUCCUGCAGACCGUCUGGAGCUACAAAGACCUGAGGAACACCUUGACCAAGGACGGCUGGAGCAAAACCCAUUUUCAGCCGACAGCCAGCGGGGCACCCAAGGGAUCCAAGAGCGGAAAGCCGGGCUAUGAUGACACCACCCUACCCCUGAUGGAGAAGAACCAAGGCGACAGAGGCUGUGGUGGUGGUGCUAUGAUACCUAUGGACGAGCUGGGUCCAGAUGGAUAUUCCACGAUUGACCAAAGGGACAAAGACUGUAAAUACAAAGGAAGCGAUGGCUCAUCAGACCUGACAGAGCGGGAACCACUUAAGAAUGACACAAAUAGGAAGCACUACAUUCGGAGCAACAGGCCAACGGUCAGUCUUGUGGACGCUUGCGAUGUCAAGCCUCAGCCUGUUGACUCCUGGGUGUAAAUGCAUGCAUGGCUUAGCCGCAGAGAGACGCCGCGACAUCUCAACUACAACUUCGGAUCUCCCGAGACACAAAGUCACCACUGCCAUUUUCUCCGCCAUCAGCCGGGCAACGCGGACUCAUCAGCGGAUUUUUACAAACGACAAGAAAAACGCAACGAGGCAUCGAGCUAAACUUUCAUACAGCAGCAGCAGCAGCCGCCAACCUUCGGCACUCGUUUUACUUUUUGGUGCGAUGAAGUGAAACGACAGACUUUUAAACAAACAACAAAACAUCAUCAACUACAACAAGAGAACCUGUUCUGUAUUUCUCACAUUUCUCACAUUCCCACUGAGCGAGGAGAACCCGAACCCCAACCAGCCAAGCCAGCUGGACCUGAGCGCACUGGCUACAACCGCUUCAGCUGUUCUUCACUGAUGGAUGGAUGGAAAAAUGAACUAAUUGAUGAAUGGAUGGAUAGAUGGAUGGGUGGCGGAUGUAUGUAGCAGGAAAGAGAAGGUGGUGAUGUGUACAUGGAUGUGUUAUUGGAAGGAACUGAAAGAAUGAAAAUGGAGAACAUGGGCAAACAAAAAUUUGUGUUUAAAAUGGAAAAAAGUGACAUUUAAUAUUUUUUUUUUUUUUGGAUGUGUAGUGUGUUUCUAUUCUUGUUUGAGUUUUGAACAGAAGGUUAUGAAGGUUGUGAUGGAUUUGAAGGAUGUUUGUGUUUAUAUUUACAGGAAAUGGAAUGGUUGGUAAGGUUUCUAUUUGAAGGAUCUGGAAGAAGCACUUAGCAUCUAAAGGUAUUGAUUUUAUGCUAAUUUGUCGUGGCUCCUCAUGCAUUGCUUUGGUGUAUACUACACUGUGUGUUUUCUGUCUGUUCUGAGGUGUAUCAGCUCAAAAAAAUGCUAAAGUUGCUUCCAAUCAAUGAAUGUUUCAGAAAAAGGUCACAGCUUCCCAUUAGUCUCCAAUAGGAACCAAUAGAAACUGAUGGGACGCUGCCUCUCAUUCGUUCCUAUUGGUGACAGACUUAUCAUUUUUGGUGCUACACCACAGCUCAACAGGACUGUUCCGCUCACCGCUAAGAGAUUGAUUCGGGGAAAAGCUUGCGGGUGGAUCAAGGCGUCUAUAAUCCUGAAUCUGAACCUAAUCGUUUCCUUCACAGGUUUGCAGUAUCUGCGAAGAAAUGAAACUGAAUUGAAUUCGUUUAGUGUGAAGGGAGUUUAGCGUUUCUGUGACCGCACUCAUCAAGAAAAGAAUUUUAUAUAUAUUUUUUUUGGUUUUCUACGUGUAUAUUAGGGUUGUAAAAUGUAAAAAAAAAAAAAAAAAAAAAACAACAAUAUAACGCUCUUUAUUCAUUGCUCGGUGUAUCCAUAAACAUUUCACAUGCAGGAUCGCAUGCAAUGGAUAAAGCAUCGCCUUGAUCAAAAAUGAAAAAAAAAAAAAAAAAAGAUAAUUGCUUAAUUUAAUUGUGUGUAACAGUAAAUGACUGCAGAGUCGCAUCGUCUAUUUAUAUUCUAUAUUUUCGAGAAGUGAAAAUCUUUUAUCGUUACUGUUCCACAUUUCGUACAGACAUAAAACCUGGUCACUUGCCAAACGGAUCGUUCACCCAGAUGACUGGCGCUGUAGGUUUGGUCACGUUACGGUCGUGCGUGGAGCUGGUCAAGUAUGACAUCAUGUAUUGAUAUAUUAUUAUUGUAUUAUGUCUGUUUGUGGUGUUAAUCAACAUUUCCAUGCUGUGAAGGGAAUAUGUGGACGGGCAUCCUGUCAGGCAACCUGGCUACUAAACAGGACUAAAACUGAGUUUCUGGUUGAACUCUGGGAAAAACUGUGGGGGGAAAAAAAAAAACUGCCACAAAUGGAGACCAGUGCUCCCGAAUGCUUACAAAGCGGACACUGGAAGGACUUUUCUGAUGGCGUCAUUUUUUCCAACAUCCGCUAAACGAGCAGCAUGCCCCUGCUGUAUCUUCUGAGCUCCAUAGUCUGUGACUAGUCCAUAUGUGACUGACACUCUACUCUGCUUGCAGUUUUCUUUUCUUUUCAUUUCUUUUCUUGUUUUUGUCCUUUUUCUACAUAGUGUUAUACCAGAGAUUUCUAACGACAGAAAGUAACCGUAGCUUUGUGUAUUAACUUUAAUUUUGAAAGAUGAAAUAUAUUCUAUAUCCCCGCGUCGAGAGCGUCUCGUGCGUGUCCAUGGGUCAUGUCAUGUCUGUCUGUUCCUGACUGCCUUUUUCGCAGUACACAACCAAAGGAUUUUGGUAUUGUACAGUACAGUAAUAUCCAUAAAGUCAGAUCCGUGAGCGCCAACUAGUGUCGGAUUGUAUAUUUCUAAAAAAGAAAAAAAUACAAAACCUGGGGGGGAGGAGUGGGCAGCAUGGAAUCAAGAAAGACAGAACUUACCUUUGUAGAUAACACAAAACUACUCAAAGCGUCCAAAAAAAAAGAGAAACUACAUGUACAACUUGGUAGCAAACGUGUUUGUAACUAUCAUGUGCCUUAACCCUUCUCUGUGUUAGAUUGACAAAAGAGUUAACUGUUUUAUAUUCAGCUCUUUGUUGUUCUCCUUCCCCUCUAUUGGACCGUAACCCUCCCCAAGACCCGCCCCCACCCUCCCCUUCACUCACUCCAUGUCUUCAGUGUAGUCUUAGACUGGUGAUGGGUGUUGCCUUGUAUUAUUGUAUUAUAUACUUUAAACAGAAUAGACACGUUCAAACGGGGUUCAUGCUUUCGUAGUGCUCGAAAAAGACACAGCAUUCACAGAAUGUAUUACAUUAAUUUUACUAAUACCCGGAGGAUGAAAGGAGGAGGAGAAAGGGGUGGAGGAAGAGGAGGAGGCCUGCACUUGUUAGAAUCAAACAGAAAAUACAGAUUUGUAGAGUUAUCACUUUGGUGUGUUUUCAAUAAAUCAUGCCUGGAUAAAAAUG